UCCUGUGUGGAGCAUGACAGCGGCAUUCCUGCAGCCUGACGGGGGAAGGGGGUGCCAGCACUUAUAACCCGACAGUUUAUAAGCGAGCACAGCUCAACUGCCCCUAUUCCCACAGAGAGAGAGAGAGAGCGACUGAUCUCCAAACUGAGGCUGUACAGCACAACUCCAUUAAGAAGGGCCGACUACUUUUGACAAGAGACUGCCAAUUAAAAACGAGGACCGGCUGGCUUGUAAACCAUAAAUCGGAUUAUUUCAUUCAUCACUGUCCUGACAGAAGUGUCCCUUUAACAAGUAGGUUUGAAAAUCUUUCUGUUUUUUUAACCUCAUCAAAGUUCUGGCCUGUUGGAGCAGCUCGCACCAUCCUGCCGAACCGCACAGCAACAAAAUCUCACCUCCAGCCCAACUGAGCUAUAAAAGCCUCCAGCACCCAAAGAAAGGAUGAUGAGCCACAAAACCUCGCUGGACGACCAGCUGCCCCAGUACCACCAGGCCACCGAUCUGGGGGAGGAAGAAGACGACGAGAUGCCUGCAACAGAAAAAGAGCUGGCUGAGGAUGCGCCCUGGAAGAAGAUCCAGCAGAACACCUUCACCAGGUGGUGCAAUGAGCACCUGAAGUGCAUCAACAAAAAUGUCACAGACCUACAGAGGGACCUGGGUGAUGGCCUUAAGCUCAUAGCCCUGCUGGAGGUGCUCAGCCAGAAAAAGAUGUACAGGAAGCACCAUGUCAGACCCAACUUCAGACAGAUGAAACUGGAAAAUGUCUCUGUGGCUUUGGAGUUUCUCGACAGGGAGAGAAUCAAACUGGUGUCAAUAGACAGUAAAGCCAUUGUGGAUGGAAACCUGAAGCUCAUUCUGGGUAUGAUCUGGACGCUCAUCUUGCACUAUUCCAUCUCCAUGCCCAUGUGGGACGAUGAUGAUGACGAAGAGAAGAAGAAACUCACUCCUAAGCAGCGUCUGCUUGGCUGGAUCCAGAACAAAGUCCCCCAGCUGCCCAUCAACAACUUCAACCGUGACUGGAGGGACGGCAAGGCACUGGGAGCGCUGGUGGAUAACUGUGCUCCAGGUUUGUGUCCAGACUGGGAAACAUGGGACCCAAAUCAGCCAGUGGAAAAUGCGAGGGAGGCCAUGCAGCAGGCAGACGACUGGCUGGGAGUACCCCAGGUGAUCGCCCCAGAGGAGAUCGUAGACCCUGAUGUGGAUGAACACUCAGUGAUGACGUAUCUCUCACAGUUCCCUAAAGCCAAGCUGAAGCCUGGUGCUCCGGUGAAGCCCAGACAGUUACACCCCAAAAAGGCCAAAGCCUACGGCCCUGGUAUUGAGCCAGAGGGCAACAUGGUAAUGAAACCAGCUGUGUUCACGGUGGAGACGCUGGACGCUGGUCUGGGCGAGGUUAUAGUGUAUGUGGAGGAUCCAGAGGGAUACAGAGAAGAGGCCAAAGUUGUUCCCAACAAUGAUAAGAAGAGGACAUACUCCGUCAGUUACGUACCCAAGGUGGCUGGACCUCAUAAGGUGAAGGUGCUGUUUGCUGGACAGGACAUUGAUAAGAGCCCUUUCUCGGUUAAUGUGGCUAAGACUGUUGGUGACCCCAACAAAGUGCAGGCCAGAGGGCCUGGGCUGGAGCCCACGGGCAAUGUGACUCAAAGGCCCACCUACUUUGACAUCUAUACUGCUGGUGCCGGAGCUGGUGAUGUCAGUGUCGUCAUUGUAGAUCCUCAGGGGAAAAAGGACACUGUGGAGGUUAUUCUAGAAAACAAGGGCGACAGCGUUUUCCGCUGCACCUACCAGCCUGUGCUGGAAGGACCUCACACCAUUCAUGUGUCGUUUGCUGGACAGCCCAUCCCCAAAAGCCCCUUCAAAGUUCACAUCUCUGAAGCUCCUGUAAGUGCUUCUCCAGCACUGCAGAUUCUCCCCCAGUCAGUGCGCACUCCGCCUGCAGGGAAACAGCCCCACAAACCUAAAGCCAGCAAUGCGAGCGCCUGUCGGGCCACUGGGCGAGGACUGCAGCCCAAGGGCGUCCGCGUGAAGGAGGUGGCCGACUUCCGGGUCUUUACUAAAGGUGCAGGCACUGGAGAACUGAAGGUUUCGGUUAAAGGCCCAGGGGGAGCUGAAGUGCCAGUGAAGGUGCGUGACGUUGGUGAUGGAGUGUAUGAAUGUGACUAUCGCCCCACCGUUCCUGGAAAAUACACUGUAACCAUAACCUGGGGAGGUCAGGCAAUUCCACGCAGCCCGUUUGAGGUGGAAGUGGGUGUGCAGGCGGGGCUGCAGAAGGUGCGAGCCUGGGGUCCGGGUUUAAAGACGGGCAUGGUGGGCAAGUCUGCAGACUUUGUGGUUGAGGCCAUCGGCACUGAGGUUGGAUCUCUCGGAUUUUCCAUUGAGGGCCCAUCACAGGCUAAGAUCGAGUGUGAGGAUAAAGGCGAUGGAUCGUGUGACGUUCGCUACUGGCCCACAGAGCCUGGAGACUACGCCGUCCAUGUUAUCUGUGAUGAUGAGGAUAUUAAGGACAGCCCCUUCAUGGCCCACAUCUUGCCCGCAGCUAAUGAUGUCUUCCCUGAAAAGGUUCGAGCCUUUGGUCCUGGUCUGCAGCCCACUGGAGUGAUUGUGAACAUGCCAGCCGAGUUUACCAUUGAUGCACGGCAGGCAGGGAAGGGCGAACUGAAGAUUUACGCUCAGGAUGCUGAAGGAUGCAUUAUUGACAUCAAGAUUACUGAUAAAGGUGACGGCACCUUUGUGUGUGUCUACGUCCCGAAAAAGCCAAUUAAGCACACCAUCAUCAUCAGCUGGGGUGGAGUCAAUGUACCUAACAGCCCAUACAGGGUUCUUGUUGGUGAGGGCUGCCACCCAGAUAAAGUAAAGGUGUAUGGUCCUGGAGUGGAAAAAACUGGUCUGAAAUCCAGUGAGCCCACAUACUUCACAGUGGACUGCGGUGAAGCUGGCCAAGGUGACAUCAGCAUUGGAAUAAAGUGUGCAGCAGGAGUUGUGGGAACAGCUGAGGCAGACAUUGAUUUUGACAUAAUCAAAAAUGACAACGACACUUUUACUGUGAAGUACACACCCCCUGCUCCGGGACGCUACACGGUCAUGGUACUGUUUGCUGAAAAGGAGAUUCCCAGCAGUCCAUAUAAAGUAAAGGUAGAACCCUCUCAUGAUGCUGGAAAGGUGCGAGCAGAGGGUCCAGGACUGAACAAAACAGGUGUACAAGUGGACACUCCAACCCAUUUCACCAUUUUCACCAAGGGAGCAGGCAAGGCAAAACCAGAGGUCCAUUUCAGCACAGGACAGAAAGGAAACCCAGUGAAAGACUUUGAGAUUAUUGAUAAUCACGAUUACUCCUACACUGUCAAAUACACUGCACUUCAGCAGGGUAAUAUGAGCAUCUCAGUAACCCAUGGAGGAGACCCCGUCCCUAAAAGCCCUUUCAACAUCUCUGUAGCACCUCCUCUAGAUCUAAGUAAAGUCAAGGUGCAAGGUCUCAAUGAAAAGGUGGAGGUGGGUAAAGACCAGGAGUUCACUGUUAACACACAGGGGGCGGGAGGCCAGGGCAAUGUUGGAGUGAAGAUGGUCUCACCCUCGGGCCGGCCUAUUCCGUGCAAGCUGGAGCCGGACAGGGCUAAAGGGGUCACUAAUGUGAAGUACAUUCCCCCUGAAGAGGGUCAGUAUAAGGUGGAUGUCAGCUAUGAUGGAAACCCUGUGCCAGGAAGCCCAUUCGCUGUGGAAGCUCUCAUGCCUGCUGACCCAUCAAAGGUAAGAGCAUAUGGACCAGGACUGAAGGGAGGCAUUGUGGGCAAACCAGCUCCAUUCAGCAUUGACACUAAAGGAGCGGGUGCAGGUGGGCUGGGCCUGACGGUGGAGGGUCCAUGUGAAGCUAAGAUUGAAUGCCAGGACAAUGGGGAUGGAACAUGCUCAGUUUCCUACCUGCCCACCGAAGCCGGAGACUACAACAUUAACAUCUUGUAUGGAGAAAAACACAUCCCUGGAUCUCCCUUUAAAGCUGCGGUUAAACCGGCACUGGACGCGAGCCGGGUGACGGUGAGCGGUCCUGGGCUGGAGAGAGCGAAAGCCGGUGAGGUGGCCACUUUCACUGUGGACUGCAGCAGGGCUGGCGAGGCCGAGCUCACAGUGGAAAUCGUGUCAGACUCUGGGGCUACGGCAGAGGUGCGAAUCUAUAACAACAACGACGGAACAUUCUCCGUCACCUACACUCCCCAAUCUGACGGCCCAUACACCAUCAGCAUUCGCUACGGUGGCCAGAUGGUCCCAAAAUGCCCCAUUCGCAUACAGGUGGAGCCUGCAGUGGACACCAGUGGAGUUAAAGUCUAUGGACCUGGAGUGGAACCCAAAGGUGUGCUCAGGGAUGUGACCACGCACUUCAUUGUGGACGCUCGUGCUCAGAACAAAAUGGGAGGAAAUCACAUCAGAGUGCGAAUCAUCAAUCCAUCAGGCUCUAACACGGACACACACAUCACAGAUAAGGGUGACGGCACAUACAGGGUGGAGUACACUGCGUUUGAAGAUGGACUGCAUCUGAUUGAAGUUUUCUAUGAUGAAGUUGCUGUUCCUAAGAGCCCGUUCAGAGUCUCUGUGGUUGAAGGGUGUGACCCCUCUCGUGUUCGGGCCUACGGUCCAGGACUGGAAGGAGGAAUUGUGAAUAAACCCAACUGCUUCACUGUAGAGACUCGGGGAGCCGGGGCCGGCGGGUUAGGCCUUACCAUUGAGGGUGCGUCUGAGGCUAAGAUGUCCUGUAAGGAUAAUAAGGAUGGCAGCUGCAGUGUGGAAUACGUUCCCUUUAUCCCUGGAAACUACGACAUUAACAUCACCUACGGAGGCCAGCCCAUUCCAGGUAGUCCGUUCCAUGUCCUUGUCAGAGACGUGGUGGAUGCAAGUAAGGUGAAGUGUUCGGGUCCUGGUCUGGGCAGUGGAGUCAGAGCCCAUGUCCCACAAACCUUCACUGUAGACUGCAGCAAGGCAGGCCUGGCUUCACUGGAUGUGAAGCUGUAUGGACCGGGAGGUGCAACUGAACCUGUCGCUGUCCUCAACAAUGGUGAUGGAACACACACAGUGAACUACACUCCUUCGGAGGAGGGGCCAUACACUGUGGCUGUCAAAUACGCAGACAAAGAUGUCCCCCGCAGUCCGUUUAAGGUUCACUCCAGUCCGGCACAUGAUGCCAGUAAAGUCCGUGCCAGCGGUCCUGGACUGGACAAAGCUGGAGUGCCUGCAAGUCUACCAGUGGAGUUCACUAUCGAUGCCCGGGAUGCAGGGGAGGGCCUUCUCACUGUGCAGAUCCUGGAUCCUGAGGGAAAGCCGAAGAAAGCCAGUAUCCAGGAUAACAAAGACGGAACCUACACUGUGUCCUAUGUGCCUGAUGUGACAGGCCGCUACACCAUCACUAUAAAAUAUGGUGGUGAUCAGAUCCCCUUCUCUCCUUACUCCAUACAGGCACGGCCCACUGGAGACGCCAGCAAAUGCCUGCUCUCAGUGUCUAUUGGAGGACGUGGAGUUGGCAGUCUGGGGCCCAAUAUACAGAUGUGUGAAGAGACGGUGAUCAGUGUGGAUGCUAAGGCUGCUGGGACAGGAAAGGUGACCUGUAAGGUUCUCACUCCAGACGGAGCUGAACUGGACGUAGACGUUGUGGAGAAUUUAGAUGGCACUUUUGAUAUUUAUUAUACGGCCCCUGAACCUGGAAAAUAUGUGAUCACCAUCCGGUUUGGAGGACAGCAUAUUCCAAACAGCCCCUUCCACGUACAGGCUACAAAGGAACCAGUGGUGCCACGAGAUGAGAAGCAGCCCCAGUUCCGCCCCAUCAACCUGCUCAUUCCCUUCACUGUACAGCAGGGUGCUCUCACUGGUGAGGUCCGCAUGCCUUCGGGGAAAACGGCACGGCCUCUGAUCAGAGACAACAAAGACGGGACAGUGACGGUGAAAUAUGCUCCCACAGAGAGAGGCCUGCACGAGAUGGACAUAAAAUAUGAUGGAAACCAUAUUCCAGGAAGUCCACUGCAGUUCUUUGUGGAUGCUGCAGAAAGCGGGAUGGUUACAGCGUAUGGACCUGGCCUGUGUCACGGCACAGUCAACAAACCUGCUACUUUUACUGUGGUCACCAAAAAUGCUGCUGAAGGUGGGCUCUCUCUCGCUGUAGAGGGGCCAUCCAAGGCUGAAAUCAGCUGCAAAGACAAUAAAGAUGGAACCUGCACUGUGUCUUACCUGCCCACUGCACCUGGAGAUUACAACAUUAUCGUGAAGUUUGAUGGCAAGCACAUUCCUGGCAGUCCAUUCACAGCUAAGAUCACAGGUGAUGAUUCUCUGAGGACGUCUCAGCUGAAUGUGGGCUCUGCGGCCGAUGUUUCACUUAAAAUCACAGAGACCGACCUGAGCUCACUAACCGCCAGCAUCAGAGCACCAUCUGGAGCAGAACAGCCAUGCCUACUGAAAACACUGCCCAACCGCCACAUCGGUCUUUCCUUCACUCCUAAAGAAGUAGGGGAGCAUGAGGUUAGUGUGAAAAAGAGUGGAAAGCAUGUCAAUAACAGUCCAUUUAAAAUCAUGGUGGGUCCAUCUGAGAUCGGAGAGGCCAGCAGGGUCAGGGCUUUCGGGAAAGGCCUGAUGGAAGCACACACCUUCGAAGUGGCUGAAUUCUUUGUUGACACGAGAAACGCAGGUUAUGGGGGGCUGGGGCUGUCUAUUGAGGGUCCCAGUAAGGUGGAUAUAAAGUGUGAGGAUGUUGAGGACGGAACAUGCAGAGUUACAUACUGUCCCACAGAGCCGGGCAACUACAUCAUCAACAUCAAAUUUGCAGAAAAGCACAUUCCAGGGAGUCCAUUUACAGUGAAGGUGACAGGAGAAGGAAGGAUGAAGGAGAGCAUCAUGAGGAAGAGGCAGGCUCCCUCCAUCGCUUCAGUGGGCACCAUCUGUGAUCUGAAUCUCAAAAUUCCAGGAAACUGGUUCCAGAUGGUUUCUGCUCAGGAGCGUCUGACCCGCACCUUCACACGCAGCAGCCACACGUACACACGCACCGAGCGCACGGAAAUCAGCAAGACCCGCGGGGGAGAGACCAAACGUGAGGUCCAUGUGGAGGAGAGCACGAAGGUGGGAGGGAGAGACCCUUUCAGAGACAUUUUCGGAUCAAUCCUGGGCAGAGAGAGUCUGGGCUGCUUUGGAUCUCUCACAUCUAAAGAGGAUGUGCAGGGUAUGACGGCUCAGGUGACCAGCCCUGGGGGGAAGGUUGUGAAUGCAGAGCUUGUGGAAAGUGGAGACAGCACCUAUAGCGUACGUUUCGUACCGACUGAGAUGGGCUCCCACACAGUCAGUGUGAAGUACAGUGGUCAGCAUGUCCCUGGAAGCCCUUUCCAGUUUACUGUAGGACCCCUAGGCGAGGGGGGCCCACACAAGGUCCGAGCCGGAGGUACCGGACUGCAAAGAGGAAUUGCUGGAGUGCCCACGGAGUUCAGUAUCUGGACCCGAGAGGCUGGUGCAGGAGGCUUGUCCAUCGCAGUUGAGGGACCCAGCAAGGCGGAGAUUUCCUUUGAGGACAGGAAGGAUGGAUCGUGUGGAGUGUCUUACAUAGUGCAAGAGCCUGGUGACUAUGAAGUGUCAAUCAAGUUCAACAAUGAGCACAUCCCUGACAGUCCAUUUAUUGUACCUAUUGCCACAUUGUCCGACGAUGCUCGGAGAUUAACCGUCACCAGCCUUCAGGAGAAGGAUCUGAGGGUGUAUCAGGAAGCCUCUUUUGCAGUGCAGCGUAACGGGGCGCGGGGUGUGAUUGAUGCCAAGGUCCACAGUCCCUCCGGCGUGGUGGAGGAGUGUUAUAUCACUGACGUAGAUGCUGAUAAGAGCGCCAUUCGCUUCAUUCCACGGGAGAACGGCGUCCACUCCAUCGAUGUGAAGUUUAACGGCAGCCACAUCCCUGGCAGCCCCUUUAAUGUGCGUGUGGGUGAGACGGGUCAUGCAGGAGAUCCAGGCCUGGUGUCUGCUUAUGGCCCCGGUCUGCAGGCCGGCUGCACAGGUGUUCCUGCUGAGUUUGUGGUCAACACCUGUAAUGCUGGGUCCGGGGCUUUAUCUGUGACGAUUGACGGCCCCUCCAAAGCAAAAAUGGACUGUGUGGAGUGCGCAGAGGGCUACAAAAUCAACUACACCCCUAUGGCUCCCGGCAAUUAUCUCAUCUCCAUCAAAUACGGUGGACCACAGCACAUCGUGGGAAGCCCCUUUAAAGCUAAAAUCACAGGUGUCCGUCUGUCUGGAGGCCACAGUUUGCACGAAACCUCCUCCGUUCUUGUGGAGACAAUGACUAAAAGCUCGAAGGUGGCUGGAGCCUACAGCUCUGCAUCCAGUUCUUCACUGUCCUCCGACGGCAGCAGGGUGGUGUGUCAGGGGGCUGGACUGACCAGAGCUUUUAUAGGUCAGAAAAACAUCUUCACUGUGGACUGCAGCAAAGCAGGCACCAACAUGCUGAUGGUUGGAGUUCACGGCCCCCGGACGCCCUGCGAGGAUGUUUAUGUGAAGCACUUGGGCAACAGGCUCUACAACGUCACUUACACCGUGAAGGAAAAGGGAAACUACGUGGUGAUUGUGAAGUGGGGAGACGAAACAGUGCCUGGAAGCCCCUUCCACGUGACCGUGCCCUGAAUGAUGACCCCCUAACGCCCACGCCGCUGAGCUGAAAUGCACUAUGAAAAUGCUGGAGACUUUUUCUUAACGAGGAAGGAGAGUCGUCUUUACUGUGUGUGCCAAAACAUUUUAUACUAAAGUAAAAGUCCAGCGGCUUUUUAACACUUCCUUUAUCUCAAAAUAAAAUAAAGGGCUCUGGAUUAUCCACUGGCUCUUAUAUGUGUUUAGAAAUUUUUAUUAUUACUUUUAUUAUCAUGGUUAUUGAUUAUGGUCUGCAGAUGCAGCAGAUCAGGGCCGAGGUUAAAAAGUGUUGGAGAAUUCCUUACAGAAAUGUGUCUAGAAAUGUCCUGCUUUUGUGUUUCCCCUAAUCAUGAAGCUGAAGCUCUGUCUCACAGAGGAAAAAGACUACAGAUGUGCUGAUCCAGAUGCACUCUUUAGGUUUUGUUUUAUUUGGACAUUUUUGACAUUAAAAGUCUUUCUUUUAAUAUCAAUAAAAUAUUAGUUUCAGAUUGAGUUUAACAGGGGAGACCGUGCCUUUUAGUGUGAACGUUGUGAUGUGUUAAACAGCUUUAAGUGUGUAACUUUUGUGUGUAUGGUUUUAUAUGCUUCAAAAGAGUGUUUUGUUAAAUUAACCAAAUGGCUGGUAAAUAUUUGCAGACCUAAUAAAGAUUAUAAAGCUAA